AUGGCGAAUGAGAUUCAGGUUCCUUGCGACGGAGACGGUGUGUGUAUGCGGUGCAAGGCCACUCCUCCUGCUGAAGAGUCGCUCACUUGCAGCACGUGCGUCACUCCAUGGCACGUGGCGUGUCUCCUCCCCGAAUCGCUCGUUUCUUCCACCGGAGGAGAGUGGCAGUGUCCCGAUUGCUCCGGCGAUAUCGUCGAUUCCGCCGUUCCGGUUUCCGGAACCCCCGGUGGUUCGGUUCUCGUAGCAGCGGCCCGUGCGAUCGAGGCUGAUGUGACACUCACUGACGCUCAGAAAGCUAAAAAAAGGCAAAAACUCAUGAGUGGUGGUUCUGGUGGUGGUGACGAUGAAGAAGACGACAAGAAUAAGAAGAAGAAGAAGAGCGAUGAUGACGAUAUCUAUCUUGAGAUUAGUAUUGAAUCUACACCGUGUGGUCACAACUUCUGCUUGAAAUGUUUUGAGAAAUGGGUAGGUAAAGGGAAUCUAACUUGUACGACAUGCCGAGGCAAGAUUCCCAAACACGUGGCCCAGAAUCCACGCAUCAACUUAGCUCUAGUCUCUGCUAUUCGUUUAGCAAAGGCUUCAAGUUCUGCUGUUGAGGUAACUGCUGCCAAGGUUCAACAUUUCAUCCGGAACCAGGACAGGCCUGACAAGGCGUUUACUACCUCGCGGGCUAAAAAGACUGGGAAAGCUAAUGCUUGUAGUGGUAAGAUAUAUGUCACGAUUCCAGGUGAUCAUUUUGGUCCGAUAACAUCGGAUUAUGAUCCCACUAGAAAGCAAGGUGUCUUGUUUGGUGAGUCGUGGGAUGAUAGACAAGACUGUAGGCAGUGGGGAGCGCAUUUCCCGCAUGUUGCUGGAAUCGCUGGGCAAUCUGGUUUUGGAGCUCAGUCAGUUGCUCUCUCUGGAGGGUAUCUAGAUGAUGAGGAUCACGGUGAGUGGUUCCUCUACACUGGAAGGUUAGCUUUACAUAUCUCCUGUCCUUUGGUGCUUGGACUAUGGCUAUUCUUGUAG